AUGGAUGCCAACAUCCAACGUGCCCUUAAUGAUAAGCUCUACGACAAACGCAAGAUCGGGGCUCUCGAGCUUGAACGUGUAAUUAGAGAUCUCGUCAGUGUCAAGGACUAUCAGCGAGUUCAUGAUAUUCUGGAGCAGCUGUGUAAUGACUAUGCGUACGCUGUGCAUCAGCCUCAUGCUAGAAAUGGUGGUUUAAUAGGCCUCGCCGCCGCCGCUAUUGCGCUUGGUCCGGAACUACCCAGAUAUCUCGCCAAGAUUGUCCCCCCUGUCCUAGCAUGUUUCACCGACCAAGAUGCAAGAGUAAGGUAUUAUGCUUGCGAGGCCAUGUACAAUAUAGCCAAGGUUGCAAAGGGAGAAAUAUUGGUGUAUUUUAAUAGUAUCUUUGAUCAGCUUUGCAAGCUUGGGGCGGACUCGGAGCUGUCAGUCAAAAACGGAGCGGAACUGCUGGAUCGACUCGUAAAAGAUAUUGUAUCUGAGUCUGCUGCUUCAUAUGUCUCUAUUCUCGAGACACCGCCGGAGUUCGACGGCGAUGAUAAAGUGUCGCUAGGCGAGAACUCUCACUUGCCAACAGCGUUCUCCCUACCUCGAUUUAUCCCACUUUUGAAAGAGCGCAUUUGGGUCAUUAAUCCUUUCACUCGGCAGUUCCUCGUGGGAUGGAUCACGUUACUCGAUUCUAUCCCCGACCUGGAGCUUGUCACAUAUCUCCCGGACUUCCUUGGAGGUCUUCUCAAGUUCCUAUCUGACCAGAAUUCGGACGUGAGGGUUGCCACACAAACCUGCUUGGAUAAGUUUUUGAACGAGAUCAAGCGUAUUGCGCGUAUAAAGAAGGGCAUCUUGGAAAGCAAACGUUCUAAAGAAGGUGCCAAGCGGAAACGACAAGAUUCGAUCGAUAGCGAAUCGAUAAACCCUGACUUUGAGGAAGGAGAUGAGCUCGACUCAGACGCCGCACUCGAUGACGAUGACGAUAGUGGAGAGGAUUGGAUUCCCGGACAAGAUGUCGAGAUAAACUACAAGGAGAUUCUUCAGAUACUUACUGCCACGCUCGAUUCUCCGCUAGGUUUGUUAUCCUUCAAGUUCUUUGGACGACGGCUAACAUGGCAUAUUUGCCCCGAAGAAGUCCUUCCCUUCACGCCCAAGAUCCUCGCCCAUAUGCUUCCAGCUAUGGCCAGCACCAAAGAGACCAUCCAUCAAGCAGCAACCCGGGUCAACACAUGCCUGAUGGACUAUGUCGUUUCGCUCUCUGACGACUCGGAGUUGAGUCAACCGCCGCCUCCUGCUCAGCCGCCUCAAUACCUCUCAACCUCUCGACUGCAAGUUCCUGGAGAAAAGGGGCCUGAGGGCAACAACAGCAACAGCAACAGAGCAUCCCUAUCAAGCUCCAGAGACCUUGAUCUCCGCAGUCCUACGCCUGCUCAAGGCCGCUCGAUAUCGACUCCCGCUGAUAUCAACAUUACGCAGACACAAGCCGAUCUGGACUACGCUGCCGCCGUCAACUCUCUGACUCUCCUCUUCCUCAACGAUCACGAAGCGACCCGGGUGGCGGCCUUGACGUGGCUUAUUAUGCUACACAGGAAAGCUCCCCGAAAGGUCCUCGCUUUCAACGAUGGCACGUUCCCAGCAUUGCUCAAGACAUUAUCCGAUCCCUCAGACGCCGUAGUUACCAAGGAUCUUCAACUUCUCUCACAAAUCUCAAGGAAUACAGAGGACGACUACUUUGCAAAUUUCAUGGUCAAUCUCUUACAACUUUUCUCAACAGAUCGAAAGCUGCUUGAAACUCGAGGAAAUCUCAUUAUUCGGCAACUAUGUUUAAGCUUGAGCCCGGAGAGGAUUUACAGGACACUGGCAGACUGCAUCGAGAAAGAGGAAGAUGUCGAAUUCGCAAGCAUAAUGGUGCAGAACCUCAACAACAACCUGAUUACUGCUCCACAGCUAGCAGACGUUCGAAAAAGAUUACGAAACCUUGAAACAAAGGACGGUCAAACGCUAUUCGUGGCAUUGUUCCGAUCGUGGUGCUAUAAUGCUGUCGCUACCUUCUCGCUUUGCUUGCUCGCCCAAGCCUACGAGCAAGCUUAUAACUUGCUGCAGAUCUUCGGCGAAUUGGACAUGACAGUCAACAUGCUCAUUCAAGUAGACAAGCUCGUACAGCUUAUUGAGUCACCCGUCUUUACUUACUUACGACUACAGCUACUGGAACCUGAGAAGUACCCAUACUUAUACAAGUGCAUGUAUGGUAUCCUCAUGCUUCUACCGCAGUCCUCGGCAUUUGCUGCGCUGAAGAACAGACUCAAUAGCGUCAGCUCUAUAGGCUAUCUACAUGCAGCACCUCGAACGGCUCCUCCAGCUACAAGCAGCUCCAAUUUUGACAGACCCAAUCGACUCAAGAGCAGGGAAGAUGGGAACAUACGAUGGGUUGAGCUCCUUGAAAAGUUCCGAAGUGUGCAGGAACGAGCUAGACGCGCGCAGCGUCAGAACAACAUGGACGGUGACGAAAUACCAUCAAUGGGGGUCAGUGAACUCCGCAUUGGCGAUGGAGCGGUAGACGUCAAAGGCAAGGAGACACGGGGUGUCGGCUUGCAAACGAUUCCCCAGAAAGAGCCAGCACCCGCUCCUCCAGUGCCGGCCAAAAGAAUCGGGUUGGGAAGACAGUUUGGAAGGUUGGGUGGCGCUGUGGCAGGUAAAGGGCGGCGAAACCCAUAG